UUUCAUAUUUGUGCUUUUUUACACGCGUCAAAAGUAAUCUUGUAAAAUAAAACCAGCUGAAGACCACAUUAUGAUAAAAGUUUUAGUUUUUGUGGUGAGUGUAACGUUUACGAAUUGUGAUGAAAUAGAGGAACUUUUCGCACAGAACUUUGUUUAUGAACUCACAUCUGAGCCUACUAUUGUAAGUGGCGUCGCUCAGUUCUACACAUCAGAUUCUAGUAACUUUACCGAGGUGACCAAAAGUGAUUUCUUCAUCGAUAAGUCGCUAUUGAUAAAAGAACUUUUGGACAGUAAAGUGUCAACAUUUCUAGAGAUUUCUGCAGCCCCCCACUUUGGUAAAUCUACUAACUUAGACAUGAUUAGACGGUUUUUAGAAAUCAACGUAGAUGAAAAAGGAAGAAGAGUGAGUAGUAAAAGUUCAGUUAAUUACGAAACAUUUUCAACCAAUAAAUUGCAAAUAUUUCAAUAUAAACAUUUAUUCGAUGAACAUUUUGCAAAGUACCCAGUCAUUUUCAUUUCUUACAAGCCUUUAGAAACAGUUACGAAAUUUAACUUUCUCCUUAAAAAGUAUAAAAUAGUUUUACUCGAAACAUUUUUACAACACAAAUAUUUAUUACAAAACCACGAAAUUUGGAAAGCUACAAACAUUUGUAAAGAUGAUUUUGAAAAGUAUUUCAAUGAAACUUCACUGGAAAACAUGAAGCAAGAAGAUGUUGAAAAGGGGUUUACAUUAUUAGCGGAAAUAUUGCACAACUAUUUUAAAACACCCUUAGUUGUGUUGGUGGACGACUAUGACAUUAUUAUAGACGCACCAGUGUCCGAAGACUGCCGAGAUUCAGUUUACAAUUUUACAAUCGAUAUGUAUAAUCGAAUUAUAGAAUCGAAAUACGUUAGCCGAGUUAUAAUUACAGGGUCUUUACUUCGUGGGGGGCUUCCAUACUCGCCGAGGGUCAAGUCUGCUUUGGACAACUAUCCCGGACUGUUGAAGUACUACGGACUGAGUAAAAACGAGCUCCGUUUGCUACUGCAGAGAUUUCUAAAGAACAGCACAGAGAUAGAAGAAGCUGAGCGGUGUAUUGUUGAGAACUACAGCGGAUACGUGCGGUCUUCUGAAGCAUACGAUGAAAUGAAGGUAAAUCCCAUGAAACAUGUUGUAUGUAGUGCGUGGUCUGUCCUGCAAUACAUCACUUGUGUGAAGAAAAUCAACGUCGCCAACAUAGGAGAGACUGAUGCUUUGUCUCUAACAUAUUUGUCUGUUAGAGAUCGCGCCAGAUUGAUUAAAACUUUUUAA